GUUACCACGACUGUGCAGCUUAGUUUUUCUCUUUUCCUGCUGUGUUCAGCUCAGAAGAACUGCAAACCAAGAACUCCCUCCAACUCUCCCCAGUCCCAGGUCCAUGCAGCUUUCUCAGCCUUUUGAAAUAGCAAGUUGUGGACCUCUAAGUGUUUGUGUAUGUUUUUGUUUGCCUCAUACUUGUUGAAAAGUGUGUAGGUGCAUGUUGGGAGGGUGUGGUGAAGAGAGAGGAAGAGGAGGGGAGAGAGACUGAUUCUGCAGACUGAGCUUCAUCAUCAGCUAGUCAGCAGACUCUGCAGCCAAGUGGUUACUCAGAAUGCACGGCUCAGAGAUGAAGUCCCCCUGGAAAGCCCUCAUAACAGCUCCUCUGCUCGUUCUCCUGCUCCUUCACUCCUGGGCCUCUGCAGCCUAUAAUGACCAACACAGCACCAGUUAUUCCAAUGGCCACACCUGUGUAGGCUGUGUGCUGGUAGUAUCUGUGAUCAAACAGCUGGCUCAAGUCCACAACUCUACAGUCCAGGCCUCAAUGGAGCGACUGUGCAGUUACCUGCCUGAGAAACUGUUCUUGAAAACCACCUGCUACAUAAUGGUUCACAAGUUUGGAUCAGACAUCAUAAAACUGCUUGAGGCAGGUAUGAAUGCUGAUGUGGCAUGUCACACUCUGGAAUUUUGUAAGCAGAAGACUGGCCAACCACAGUGCCAUCUCUAUCCGCUUCCCAAGGAGGCAUGGAAAUUUACACUAGAGAAGGCAAGACAAAUUGUCAAGAAAUCCUCGACCGUGCAAUAUCCUGGAAGUGGUUCUGAUAUUUGUUCACUCCCGUUUUUGGCCAAGAUCUGUCAGAAAAUUAAAUUAUCUAUAUCAAAUUCUGUGCCAUUCAAAGAUAUGGAUUCAGACAAAUACAGUGUUUUCCCAACGCUGCGGGGCUAUCACUGGCGAGGGAGAGACUGUAACGACCAUGACAAGACGGCCUAUCCUGGCAGAAGGCCAGACAGCUGGGAUGUGCACCGGGAUUCAAAUUGUAAUGGCAUUUGGGGUGUAGAUCCCAAAGAUGGAAUUCCAUAUGAGAAGAAAUUCUGUGAAGGUUCACAGCCCAGGGGAAUCAUUUUGCUGGGAGACUCAGCUGGGGCUCAUUUUCACAUCCCUCCCGAAUGGCUCAUGGCUUCGCAGAUGUCUUUGAAUUCCUUCUUAAAUUUGCCAAUGGCAAUUACCAAUGAGCUCGACUGGCCCCAACUCUCUGGUGUUACUGGAUUUCUGGACUCCACAAACGGAAUUGAAGAAAAAUCUAUUUAUCUUCGUUUACGGAGAAGAAACCACUGCAACCACAGGGACUACCAGAAUAUUUCAAGAAAUGGUGCAUCUUCUAAAAACUUGGAGCGAUUUAUAGAAAGCUUGUCUAGGAAUCAACUGUUGGACCAUCCAGCCAUCGUCAUAUAUGCCAUGAUUGGAAAUGAUGUCUGCAAUGGAAAGACUGACCCAGUUCCAGAAAUGACCACUCCUGAGAAGUUGUACUCCAACGUCAUGCAGACUCUGAAAUAUCUAAAUUCCCACCUGCCCAAUGGCAGCCAUGUUAUUUUAUAUGGCUUGCCAGAUGGCACAUUUCUCUGGGAUAAUUUGCACAACAGAUAUCAUCCUCUCGGCCAGCUUAAUAAAGAUGUGACUUAUGCACAACUGUACUCCUUCCUGAACUGCCUCCAGGUCAGCCCCUGCAGUGGCUGGAUGACUUCCAACAAGACGCUCCGGACUCUCACUUCAGAGAGAGCGGAACAACUCUCCAAUACACUGAAAAACAUUGCAACCAGUGAGAAAUUUACGAACUUCAAUCUUUUCCACAUGGAUUUUGCCUUCCAAGAAAUCAUAGAGGAGUGGCGGAAGAGAGGCGGACAGCCCUGGCAGCUCAUUGAACCUGUGGAUGGAUUUCACCCCAAUGAGGUGUCUUCGUUGCUGCUGGCAGAGAAUUUCUGGAAGAAGGUGAAGCUCCAGUGGCCCCAGGUCCUGGGAAAGGAGAAUCCAUUCAACGCCCAGAUUGAGCAGGUGUUUGGAGACCAAGGUGGACACUGAGUGUCUCAAGCACAUACACACCUGAGAAGCACAGGAGGCAGAAACUUGGAUCAGCUCAUCAGCAGCCUGUUACAGGUCCCUGUGUCACAGGCCCAAAGGACCCUCAGCAGCAGCAUCUUUGCAAAAUUCUUUCCCCAAGAGCACAGCUGAAUAACAGUGUGGCGCUGUGUUCUUCUAGGACCAAUUUCCCUCCAACUUUUCUUGACGUAACCCUUAAUAAAACUUUUUGGGGAUCACUUCCAGCAAGGAAGUAUUCUGUGCCCUUCAACAGUGAAUCAUUUUAAAAAGGGGGUUUCUUAAAACAUGAAGCACCCAGUGAUGUUCAGCAAUUUGCUCAUGAUCUUGGUGUGUCAGGGCCUGACCCUGUCUCUGUCGGUGACUUAAAGAUGGACCAGCAAGCUGAGGCUUUUCCUAGAAAGGCUGCUGGAUGGCUGCCAAGGACUUAAACAAGCAGGGACAAUUCAACUGUCAUGGGCCUUUUUUAAAACCAGCAUGCAAAACCAUAAAUACAAAAUUAGGCAUAAGCUUGAAUACUUAUUUAGAAGGAGAAAAGAAAUCAGAGCAAGUCAAGAACUUUUAAAAGUCAACAAGUACCAUAAGUCCAUAAAAAUGAUAAAAAAAUCUUUUCUUUGGAAGCUUCUGCUGGAAAUGGAACCGAGGGCUUCCUACAUGCUAGACCAGGGCUCUACCACUGAGCUACAUUUCCAGUCCAGCUUUCCCUGCCUUCUAAAGCUGCAUAAUCUGAUUGUCUCUUCCUUACAACAAUGAUUUUGUGAUGUCAUUGUCUACAGAAAGAAUUAUGAACUAAAAUUUGUUGCUUAUCAUUGAUAGUUCAAAAGAGUUUCUUUCAGCUACAUAAAUCGUUAGUGGCAAAGUUGUAUGAAUCUUCAGGAUUGUCAUCACAGUGUGAAGAUAUCUGUCAGGUUUCUUUGGAUGCAAGCUGUGACUCACUCUCCAUUUCUAGCAUGGUUGACCCCCCAUACUGCAGGUUCUGCCCCUGUGAAUUCACUCAACUGAGGAUCAAAAAUAUUUGAAAAAAGUUGUAACUGUACUGAACGUGUACAGACUGUUUUCCUGUCAUUAUUCCCUGAAUAGUACAGUAUAGCAACUAUUGCAUAGCAUUUACAUUGCAUUAGGUAUUAUAAGUGCUAUAUUUUGGAUCUUGAAUGUCCCCCAAAGGCCAUGCAUUAAAGGCUUUGACCUCAGCUUGGCACUAUUGAGAAGCACUGGAAACUUUAAGAAGUGGGUCCUAAUGAGAGGUUUUCGGUCACUGGAAGCAUGCCCUCAAAGGGAAUUGCAUAGAACCUACACACAUCCUUCAGUAUAUUUCAAUGUCUAGAUUAUUUAUAAUACCUAAUGCAAUGCAAAUGUCACAUAAAUAUUCUUAGGCCGUAUUAUUUAGGGAAUAAUGACAAGAAAAAUAUCUAUACAUGUUCACGGUGGACACAAUCAUCACAGACCUAAGUACACAGUACACAAUCUGCCAGUGGUCAGACCUGUAGUUAGCUGAAUCACAGGUGUGGAACCCGUGGAUACCAAGUGCUGACUGCAGAUGAUUUAUCAUCAAAUAUAUUCUUGACUGUGAAAGGCUGAGCACCAGAGCAAACCAUCUCCUGCUCACCAUGCACAUCAGAUAAAGGGAAGCCAUUGCCACUGACUGGCUUCUAUACAUCUCUUGUCUCAUUUCUCCUCCAUGAGCCACAUAUUUCUACACUGCAAUAGGACUGUUGGCCUUUGGUCACCUUUGUUAUGAUACUCGUGGACAUUAUCUAGCAAUAG